AUGAAUCCUUCAAGUUCCCAAAGUCCUAAUGAUUUCCAUCUGCGAAGGAAGACAGAAAAAAAGAACUGUUCGAUUUGUGAUGACAUCGGAGAUGGGUGUCAUUUCGGGGCGGAAGCUUGCAGAGCAUGUGCAGCAUUUUUUCGAAGAACUGUUGCCUUGGGAAAAGAAUACGAGUGCCGACAACAAGGAUACUGUACCGUCAAUUCAAUUGUCCGUUCAAUUUGCAAAUCUUGUCGUCUGAAAAAAUGUUUGGAAGUUGGAAUGAAAUCAAGUUGUGUUCAACCAAAGCGAGACAAGAAGAAAGAAGAAGAGCAGAUAAACCAUUUUGAAUUUUCAUAUCCCAAUGAAUCAGGCCCUUCAACCUCUGAAAUGCCAUCGAUUCCAUCUCUUGAUUCGAUGCCGAUUUUUGCGAGAAUGAAAGAAUGUUACGAGAAGUUGGAAAACUCUCGAAAUGUGGUUCAUCGAAUCGAAGGAGAUAACAUAUUUGAGAAGAAAACUCCGAGAGCAUUGAAUUUUCGGGUAACAUUGGAGAUGUCAUCGAAAGAGGUUUCUCUUGUUGCUGAUUGGAUUGAAUGGUGUUUUGAGGAGUUCAGACAUCUGCCAACGGAGCAGAAGAAUCUACUCUUUCUCAACUUUGUUCCCCUUUUUAUUAUUUUGGAACGGGCUUAUCUAACAAGCAAAUAUGGUGAGAAAAAUCAGUUGAUUCUACCAUCAAGAGACUACGUCCAAACUGACAAACUCGAAGAAUUUUUCACGGAUACUGAACUGGGAAUUUGCGGUAAAAAGCUGGCAACACUCUUCGAACCAUCGGUUCAGCUGAAUGAAACUUUUCACGAGUUGCUAAGAGCUGAAAGAGUGGAACUUUACGACUUCUUUGCUCUUACAGUAUCUUUGUUUUGGGAUCAUGGUUUGGUUGGACAAACGGAGGAAUGCAGUAACAUUGCCAGAAAAAUGAAGUUAGAUAUAGUCAAAGAAUAUACUUAUUACCUAAAACACUUCAAAGGAGAAGAGGAUCCAAUUGGCCAGAUGGCUCUGAAAAUCUCAAUUUUAACAGCUCUACAGAGAGUGUCACAUCGAUUUCGAGAAGAUAUGUCAUUGGCUCAUAUUUUUGAUGUUUAUACAAUUCCAUCUAAUGUAUCUACUGUUUUGUUUGGAAAAAUCUCUUAG